GAGUGUGUGUGUGUGUGUGUAGGUGUGUGGCACACACCUGUAAGAGGAACUCCGCGCCCGAGAGAGUAUCAGGGAUAACAGGUGUCCGUGAACCGUGAACAGGCGCUUUAAAAGGGGAUCUAAAUGAGCGACUGUAAAUCGGACUGAUUUGAUCUCCACACAUUUGGACAUUGCUGUAUCUUUAUUUCCCCGGAUCAACUUUUCCUGGCGCAGACACCUGAACAUGCGUGAACGUUUCUGAUGAAUUUACGUUGCAACGGUCUGACUGGAUCCUGGUGACUAUAUUUUGGUCUUCAUUACUGCAAACCCUUCAUAAACCGCGAGGAAUCUAGCACUGAUAAAGGAUUAAGCUUUUCUAUUUCAUCCAGUUUGAGUACCACAGUUUAUUUAUUUUAUUUGUUUACCCCAAUGACGCAUGUACUUGUGUGAAAAACGCCUUGACACGGCGAAACUUCGUGUUCGGAGGAAAAUUGAAUUAGACUAUGGCAGUGUUGAGCUGUUUGAGGAUUUUACUGAUCUGGAAUUUGUUGGUUUGUGUAAACGGAGGAGAAUUUGUGAAACCCCCAAGUGGGACUGUGUAUACAUUAGCAGAAGAAGAUGCGCACCUUCCUUGUAAGUUUGAGCCAUCGAAAGAUGAGGUGAUCAUCCAGGUCAUCUGGACGCACAUUAACUCAGAUGGGACGGAAGAACAGAUCAUAACUGCACAUCACCAGGAUGGACAACUAGAAUCUCCCGCUUAUACCGGCCGUGUGCGCUUUGAAAACAGCAACCCCAUAAUAAACUCUGCUCUGAUUAUCCAGAACACAAUGCUUUCAGAUGAGGGACGCUAUACCUGUACCAUUGCUACAUUCCCCAGUGGAAGUGUAAAGACUCAAGUGUCUCUUACUGUGUGGACUAAACCCAUCUCCACAUUGGACCCUGUUAUUCUAGUUGAGGGACAGUCAUUUCGGCUGGCUGCCACGUGCCGUGCAAUGGCAAAGCCUCAGCCUGGUCUCUCAUGGGAUACAGAUCUACCAGGCCAGAGCCAGAACCGCAGUCUGGACAACGGCGUCACUUCCAUCCAGUACUUACUUCACCCUUUGAGGAGUAUGAACGGACGUAAACUGGAUUGUCUGGUCUGGCACCCAUCUUUGAAAAGUUCACUGAGGCUCACUAAUCAGCUUGUGGUGCACUACCCUCCGGAAGCAACAAUCUCGGGUUAUAAUGAGAACUGGUAUUUGGAUCUUGAGGGUGCUCAACUACAGUGCAAUGGUGCAGGAAACCCCAAACCACAAAACUUCACCUGGUCCAGGAAAGAUGGCGGUUUACCAGAUGGCGUGACAGUGGAGAAGGAUAUACUGAGGUUUGACAGGCCUCUCAGAUUAACAGACGCUGGAGUGUACAAAUGUGUAGCCACUAAUGUUGUGGGGUCUGGGAAAGUGGACAUAAAAAUAGAAGUAGCAGCGGAACCAAAAAAUCCGACAUCCUUCGACAGUCUCCUGCUGAUCAUCAUUGGAGGAGUUGCAGCCUUGUUGGUGUUGAUUCUAGUGAUUGUUGUAAUAACAGUAAACCGACAUCACAAAAAAAGAAACAAACAACUGGUUAUGGAGCUGGAUGAGAAAAAAGAAGAAAUUAGCACUCUAUCCAGACAGGCCUCGAUCAGAAGAGUUGCCUCAGUCAGCAUUGAAAAUAAAUACCAGAUGGAGGAUUCCAUCCCUUUAAGAGUUGAAGGAACAAUUCGGACCAGUCUCAGUUCAUUGGACCGUCCCCGUUCUCGAGACAGUCAUUCCACUGUGGGACUAGACUCUCUGGGUCGACCUGCCAUUUGUAACACAUCCAGACGAGGCAGGGAGCGAAUGCUGGACAGAGAGAAAGAUGAUGAGAGAGUUUCUAAUCGAUUGAAAAUGGAGCCAUUUGUCAGGAUGAGUGAUCUGGAUAGCCAAUUCCACCCUCCUCUACCGGUUUCUGCUUUUCCAAUGGAGCAGACUGCUGAAAUUAUCAGGUCUCGGAACGGUAGCGCCAUUCUACCAGCAGAUGGAAGACCACAAUCUGGAGGAGGAAGCAUAACUAGCAGCAGAGCAGGCAGCAGAGGGCAUCGUUCCCCCAUAAAUUCAAACUACCACAUACAUACAGACGAGGAUGACAUGAGGCCAGUUGAUGAAGGGUCUGAGCUUUCCAGGGGCCAAAUAGAACCUGAUGGUAUGGAUAAUGGAGACAGCGAGACUGCAAGCUCACAAAUAUCCGAGGCCAUGUCCAAUCACUUUGAGCAUAAUAACGGUACACUAUGGCCUAAAUCGAAACCCAACAACAUCGUACUAGCACCGGAGACCACUCGAUUGCUCCAUACAAACAUUCUUCAUCACACUCCUCAUAUAGUGUAGCUCUCAGACUUCAGCACUGGGCACCGUCAUUGAGCCACAACAGAGUGGCUGACAUUCGGAUUCUGCGAGAUCUUGGUGAGAUACUGAGACUGGAGCUUUGACACCUGAAUGUUUCAAAAUCAAAACUAGGUGACAUACUCCAUUGUACUGCAAAUGGUUCUACAACCGAGUUAUUCUACAAACUUUAUGGUUCUACAAAUGAUUAUUGCAAUGUUAGCAAUUUAUCAUCUGUAGGAAAAAAUCUAUUUUUAUAUGACAUAUACUUGGAUUGAGUGGUAUUACCUGUGGGACUGACUUUCCCUGGCUGCAUGUUUCAAAUGUGCUCAUGCUUUUUUUUUUUUUUUUUUUGUGGAUGAGUAUUAUAACACUUUCAGUGAGAGACAGAAAAGCCGUAACUGUGAAAUGAUGCCAUGACAAAAAGGGUAACCUGCGUCCUCCUGUUCUUCUUGCCACGCAGUUGUAACUAUCUUCACAGUACCAACCUGGGGGAUUAAACCUGUUUUCCUGGGAACUUUCUAACACUGAUGAAUUACAAUGGCAUGACCUGUGAGCUAUGUCUUUUUAUUACUGUAUAUAAAAGUCGCACUGUAUGCUGACAUGAAGUAUUAUUAACUAUAUUUGUAAAUGUUUUUUGUUUUUGUAUGUUGGUUUUUCCAAAUUGGACUGGAUUAUGCUAGGGGCAUCAAUUUAUGCUUAUGGUUUAGGCCUUAAAAGUGUGCUUUGAGUAAACAUAGUACUAUAUGUAAAGGCUUAACCUCUUAGACUCCAUGGAUGAUUCUACACAUCCACUUAUCAGGCAAUAUUCGCCUAAUCAGUUUGCAUGUAGUUGCUGGAUGCCUUAGGGUUCAGGAAUGUAAAAGAGGGGAAUGCUAAGGCCAAUUAGUUUAAUAAAUUAUAGAGCUUUUGAAAGUAUUCAGUUCAUUAUCCCCAUAUAUGAGGACUUGCUUCACCUGCAGUUUACAAAUGUGUAUAAUUUUUUUUGCCUUUAUUGGAUAGUGUUUUGUUAACCCUGCGUGAAAGUGUUAUGAUAACCUGUUGCUUGUAUUUUGCUUUACUGUGCUGCUCAAUAGUGCUUGGAGUCUGGGAAAUGGUGCUAGGUAUAUGUGCUUGUAAAUAGAAAUGUAAAAUAAUAUGCAGUGUAAUAUCACGUUUUGUUAUUUCUAUAUGUUUGCAGAUUUGUUGAUGAUUUGUGCUUAUUCCUGGGCAAAUCGUGUACAGAUCAAUAGCUGCAUUAGAAAAAAACAACAAAUUUAUUAUUCAUUUAUUUUCAGUAACCACUGAAGAUAAACCCCUGGUGGGGGUCAUGGUAGAUCCUGAACCUGUCUCAGUAACACCAGGUGUGACGCAGGAUUACGUUGUGGAUAAGAUGACAGUUCUCUACAGGGUAGGGUUACAGGAAGGCAUUUUACAUUGGAGGUCCUGAUAUUUUAAAAGCAUGUGGCAUGCUUCACACCUGAAUAUACCUACACACCUUCACACCUACUAUAGCACCCAUUUUCUGUAGCGCUUGUCCUACACAGGGUUGCAGGGAACCUGGAACCUAUACCAGAGGACUCAGGGCAAAAGGCAGAGGACAAUCUUCAUCCCAUCCCAGAGCAUACCCAUUCAUGCACUAUGGACAAAGAUGCCAAUCAGCCUACAAUGCAUGUCUUUGGACUUGGGAGGAAACCGUAGUAUCCGGAGGAAGCCCCCAAAGCAGGGGGAGAAAAUGCAAACUCCGUUCACACAGGGCAGAGGCGGGAGUCAGACCCGCCACCCUGGAGCUGCAAGGCAAAUGUAAUAACUAACCGACCUUUAAUAUAGCACGAUAGAUCUGAAUAUUUAAGAUAAGGUAAAAUAACUGAUUAUGUUAUAUACUACUGCGCUCCAUCUAAUACAUUAAUGUUUCUAUAACAGCUCAUUCAUGGCUGACAAUCUACAUAAUUCAAAUCUAAUAAUAAAUCACUUAUAAAUGUUUUGUUGUAUAACAUAGAAAACGUGUAACUGUCAACGUGAUACCAUAUUCUGUUAAGAGACAUUUAUUUAACAUUUAAGUAAGGAGUGUCUUUGUUUUGUAAACAGUAACAGUCAGUAAGUUUCCCGACAUGGGAGUUAGUUCCUGUUCACACAAACGUUAUAUGUUAAGUAGCUAUAUGCACUCAUUCCUCCACAAGUCUCUCUUUUUUCAGUUAAUGUGUCAUGUUAAAGAUAAAGCUCCUCUGUCCUGAAAACUUGAGUCUUGUGGAUGUUCCAUAACAUUAAAUGUAACUAUGAACAUUUAAAAAGUGUAAUGUAUCAAUCAUUGAUAAAUUAAAAAAUUCAUUUUUGACAAAUUGCUGUGGUGGAAGAAUGUAAUAUAUGCAACACUUAAAAACUACAACAAAUACUAUUUCUUUGUUUUUUUAUGUACUAAUAUUCUUAUCAGUGUUUUUGCAGCUGCAGCAGCAUUUGAAGUUUACAGAAUCCUGAAUUUGCAGCUGCAGCAUCCUUAGCACCCACACUUCCUUCAUCCGUGCUACAAGGAUACAAUAUUCAAUUAUAGAAGGGAAAUGAUUUAUAAACACACUAUCCAGUGUUACCCAGAUGAGGAUGGGUUUCCUACUGAGUCUGGUUCCUCUCAAGGUUUCUUCCUCAAAUCAUAUCAUUAGGGCUUUUUCUUGUCACUGUUGCCUCUGACUUACUCAUUAGUGAUCUGGAAAUUUAUGUAAAGGUGCUUUGUAACAAUGUCCAGUGUUAGUGAUGUUAGUGGUUAGCACAUGUGCCAUGCACCCCCAGGGUUAUGGGUCUGUGUGUACAGUAGUCAUUUCCUAAUGGUGGUAGUAUGAAGGAGGGAUGUCUUCUGCCCUGCAAUACAAUGGCAUCUCUUCCUUUUUCAGUGCCACAGGUUGGAAGAAACCACAGAAGAAAAUCCCCACAGGACAGACAUGGUCAGCUAACAGCAAACUGUUUAAAUGAUAAUACAAGUCUCUGCUCCAUAUAGGAUUCACAAAAUUAAUUUAUUUAGUUAAGAAAAUUUAUCAGCAGGCAAGUUAUGGUCGAGCUUCCACUCAGUGCUUUUCCAGCACUUCUUCUUGAAUGCAUUGGCCAUGCUGUGAAUGGAAAAGAGACUGAUGACUGAGAUCACUGACUUUACCCAGAAGCUCAUUGAGAAAUUAGCAAACUAGGAAGAAAGGA